GCUAUUCACAGACUGACUUUACUGCGAAUAGACACUUUUCUUUGACUCUUUUCCUGUUGUUGGUUGGGGUUGGAAAUUUUGUAUCGCGGGGGAAAUCUAGAUAUAUCUAUAUAUCAUUGAAACCAUAAAUAGCCAGUCGAAGGAUGUCUCUGGAACAAACUGCUUGCGAAGAUCUGAAGGCAUUUGAAAGGCGAUUGACGGAAGUCAUAUCAUGUCUCCAGCCAUCGACUACUCGCUGGAGAAUUUUAUUGGCAGUUGUUUCAAUAUGCACUGCUGUUGGAGCAUGGCACUGGCUGACAGAUCCAAAUACUUCUGAGGUUUCAUUCACUCAGUCGUUGCUGAACCACCCAUUCUUCACAAUCUCCAGUGUGAUACUAGUAAUCCUUUUCAUAAUUGGGGCUCACAAGCAAGUAAUUUGUCCCCGUAUCAUCACAUCUAGAGCUCGAGAAGUCCUUGUUGACUAUGGAAUGUCAUGUGAUGAUGCAGGAAAGCUUAUUUUGAGACAUCAUCCUAUUACACUGAAGAGGGGUACAGGCCAUCCCAAGCAAGAAAAUAAGAAACAGAAGAAUAUAUGAAAGCAUUUGUUUGAUAUUAUACCAUGAUUGUAAUUAUGUAGUGUCAGUAUUAUUUAAGUCCUGAACUGUGAUACUUAAGUUAUUUCUUGAUCAUUUAUUGCCAAGUGAAAAUUCUGCAUCUUAACUUUGCAGCAAUUUAUGUAAUAUUAGUUGACUGACACACUGAUGUGUAGCUCUUCAACAAUGACAGAGGUAUCUUGAAAUACAACUAAAUAAAAUGUGUAUCUCUUCAUGUGA